AUGGAUUCGUCUCUAAGUACACUGGGCCCGUCCCAUAAUCGUUCAAAAUCACCAGUUACUAAAAAAAUUCGUUUAUCCGAUAAUGAUAUUUCCGAAAUGUUCGAAGAACCAUUAUCGUCUGAUGAAGAGUUUUCCUAUGACUCGGGUACAGAUUUAGGUGAAGGUGAUUCGGCGGAAGAUGAUGUAGAUGAAGAGGUUUUGCAAACUAUGUCCGAAAUUGAAAAUGACAGCAUCGUCAGAGAGGUAAGUCCAUUGCGAUUAGAUGAUAUGGAUGAAAUGUCAAUGCAAAAUGAACUACAGGCGAACCACUUAAAAAAAACGCGUCACGUGCAAUAA